AACGUCGCCUACAACACGGUGCUGCGGCAGAGCAAGGCCAUCCGCAGUGACCUCGCCAACCUCGAGUCCAAGGCCGCGCCCACGCCCGCCGACAUUGGCAGCGUCUCCGUCUCCCUCACCUCCUUUUCCAAGUCGCUCGACGAAUACCACAGCCUCGCGCGCCAGGAACUGGUCCCCAAGAAGCAAGAGGAGGCCUACGAGCGAGUCAAGCGCUUCCGCGAGGAGCUGUCCGAGUUCCGCGCCAAGCUCGACGUCGUCAAGCGAGCCCGCGAAGAAGCGCAGCACCACCACAACCGCUCCGAGCUCCUCGGCAGGAGACCGUACAACGCCACGCCGGAGAACCCCUACGCCAGCGCCGCGCCGCCGACGACGGUGACGCACUCGUCGUUCCAGCCCCGGCACACAAGCUCCAACAGCGCCUCGCUGACGACGGGCGCCGGCGACGACCUCCGCGAGGCGCAUGCCUUUCGCGAGCAAAACUUCUUCAACAACACCAACCAUGCCCUGGACGACUUCAUCGCGCGCGGGCAGGCCGUGCUGGGGGACCUGGGCCAGCAGCGCGAGACGCUCAAGAACACGCAGAAGCGGCUGUACGGCAUCGCCAACACGCUGGGCGUGAGCGGCGACACGAUCCGCAUGGUGGAGCGCCGUGCCCGCGAGGACAAGUGGAUCUUUGUCGCGGGCGUCAUUGUCUUCUUCUUGUUUUGCUGGCUCGUGAUUCACUUCCUACGAUGA